GGAAAGGGAGAAAUAAUAUGGAUGAGUCAGGGGCAGCGAACGCACACAAUCAACAGAAUGCACAACCUGCCUAGUAUAGUCGCAGCCGCUCCAGUCAUCAGAGACUGCAGCUCGGAUGGGGGCUAUGGGUUACCUUGUCAGCAGUUCCCAGCAGUGUGGGCUACACACAAGCAAGAUUGUGGUCGAGUAAAGAUAAACCCAGUUAAAAUGGAGGAGGGUCUGUAUAAACCCCCUAAGCAGGACCCUAUACAAACUGACACACUGACCGCUGUUCAGGGUAUAGCGAAGGAACAAAAACACUAGGGGAUACUCAGAGAGACUGCGGCCACUCCAGAACAUAAAGUUUUCCCAGUUCCUCCGAGGGCAGACAUUACUGCGAACAAGAGGCAAUUGAAAUUGCAAGUGUGCAGGAGGAAACGACAGAAGCCAGCUUAGUAAAAUUAUAUAAAGGGGUCGAGGCAGAAGAGAAGGAAAAAUGGAGGAGAAAAGGAGCAAAGGAGGGACCAGGUGGGUGCUGGACACAUGGGGAGGAAAAAGUCACGGUGGCCCCACCCUGUAUUAGACAGAUACUACUAAAGUUAUUUCUUAGGGUGAUGCAUCAGGGAAGGCAGAGCAUGAUCACAACCCUCCGGCAGGACUGGUGGUGGCCCGGGAUGGGCGGGGAUGUCUGCCACCAUUGUAUCAUUUGUGCCCAGCAUAACCCUGGUAAGGGCAGAAAGCUACAGCUGGCAAAUCAGCCUCGGCCGAGGGGACCUUGGGAAAACAUCCAGAUAGACUUCACAGGGCUCCUGACAAAAAGCAGGGGGAAAAGCUACUGUCUAGUAAUCAUGGACCACUUCACCCGGUGGGUAGAGGCUUUCCCAACAAGGGACUGCACUGCCCGCACCGCUGCACGGAUCCUAGUUCAGGAAAUCCUCCCAAGGUGGGGAACCCCAGUUCAGGUGGAUUCAGAUCAGGGAGCACAUUUCACGGGGAAAGUGAUGAAGGAAAUGUGCCAACUACUAGGGAUUCGACAACAGUUCCAUGUACCCUACCACCCCCAGAGUUCAGGGAUGGUAGAAAGGAUCAAUCAAACAAUCAAGAAUGCGUUAAUCAAAGCUAUAGCUGAGACAGGAAAGACAUGGGUCGAUGUAUUACCAGGAAUCUUGAUGAGAUUGCGCGCAACCCCGAACCGCACAUUGGGUCUCAGCCCCUACGAAUUAUCGAUGGGGCGAGAAAUGCGACUCCCUUAUGGGGUAAUUAUGGGUUGCGGGGAGCCUGGGGCUUACAGGGAUAGAAUGACCCAAUACGUGAAAGACCUUUGUAACCAAUUUAAAGUGUUGAAGGACCGAGCGAAACAACAGCAGCGAAUCACUGAUCAGAGAGAGCCAGAGGGAAAGGAGAUAGUCCUUCCACAGCCCAGCGACCAAGUUAUGGUGAGGGUUCUGCCAGAAAGGCCAGGGUUUGCCCCCAGAUGGAUAGGACCACAGACGGUACUCUUAACCAAUGAUACGUGUGUCUGUGUACAGACUCGGCGAGGCAGCCAGUGGAAACACUGGACCCAGAUUAAAGCACACAACUCACCCUUUUGUUGCUCCCACAGACAGAGUGGGGAACCAAGUGUACCCAGUAACCAUGUAAUUACAGAGAACCUAAGAGAGGAACACCAGCCGGCCAUGCCAGACCUGACCACAGCCGAUGAAAACGCAAAGGCAGAAGACACUGAGAGCUUGUUGGAAAACCAUGAAUAGCCUGCUGAAGUGUGAUGAUGAUGGUACUCUGUAAAGAAGGCUGGUUGCUGAAGGAAUUCUGCAGAUGCUGGAAAUUCAAGCAACACACAUCAAAGUUGCUGGUGAACGCAGCAGGCCAAGCAGCAUCUAUAGGAAGAGGCGCAGUCGACGUUUCAGGCCGAGACCCUUCGUCAGGACAUAUAAAUGUAUUGUGGAUUUAACUUGCAUUCCUAAAAGCUGUGAGUACCAACUGAGACAUGUAGGCGUCAGGAGGAAAGGAUGAAGUCAGAAGGUGUGGUGUUUGUAUGUAGUUUCAAAAGGAAGCAUUGUCUAUAACUUUGUAAGUAGCAAUUGCCUUUUGUGUUUAGCAUAUAAAUACUGAGCCCAUAUUGGGCUAGCAGACCUUUCCACCGAAAGCGUCUUCAUCUGUAAGAUGCCUGCUGUACCUUGUUGUGUCGAAUAAAGAAGCUGCUUUGUAUC